AUGUUUCAGGUAACCGUCAUAAUGAAACUUCUCGUGGUGUUCGCGAUGUGCGUGCUCGCCGCCAGCGCCAGUGUCGUGGAAAUGAUCAUGGAUGGGAACCUCGCUCCCAACCAGGACCUCGAGGACAAACUGUACAACAGCAUCCUCACCGGCAACUACGACAGCGCUGUCGCUCAGAGCUUAGAGCACGAGAGACAAAACAAAGGCUCCGUCAUCCAGAAUGUAGUCAACAACCUGAUCGUUGACAAGAGACGGAACACCAUGGAGUACUGCUACAAGCUGUGGGUCGGUAAAGGGCAGCACAUUAUCAGAAAGUACUUUCCUUUAAGCUUUCAACUCAUCAUGACCGGAGACUUCGUCAAACUUGUUUACACCAAUUACAACCUCGCUCUGAAGCUUAGCUGCUAUUACUAUUUCAAUAAUGAAAGAAUUGCUUACGGCGAUGGUAAGAACAAGGACCAGGACGUCAUCAGUUGGAAGUUCAUUACCUUGUGGGAGGACAACAGAGUGUACUUCAAGAUAUACAACACUAAGUACAACCAGUACUUGAAGAUGAGCUCGAAGAUUGACUGUAAUGCACGUGAUCGUAUCGCAAAAGGUUCCAACACAGCCGACAGUACCAGCGAGCAGUGGUUCCUCCAGCCCGCGAAGUAUAAAAAUCAUUCUGCAUUCUUCAUCUACAACCGCGAGUCCAACGAUGCUUUGGAGCUCGGUGGGAUUGUGGAUGGCUCACGAGACCGUAUGGCCUUUGGAUACAAUGGCGAAGUCGCUAUUUGUCACGACGGUGAAGUGGCUAGUCUUCCUGCCAUCUAUAGCUGGAUGAUUAUACGUUUUUGGCCUACCGCAUAA